UCUAGUGCAGACACCCAUAGCCUAAUGAAGGCUGUCACAUCACUGGCUUUCUGCCGGCGUUUUCAGGUGAUCCUGAUGUCAUUUUCUGCAUUGACUUUAAAAGCAGCGCAAUGGGUUCAGAGGCGGAAGAACGGUCCCGCUUGUUUCCAGGAGAAGCUCCCAGCUCCAGCCCUCGUGUUAGGGAUGGGCGCCAGCUUUAUCAGCUUGAUUUCCUUGUACCUCGCCGUGUUUCUCGGUGCUUCACUUGUCAGGUCAACUCCUCUGGUGAGGAUUGAUUCAGGAGCUCAGCUGGAGCGGGACUGGGGUCAACAGAUCCGAUUAAUGCACCUGUACAUGGAAGGGAACAGCAGGCACUUACAGAUUAACCCUGACGGACACAUUGACAGCUCGAACUCUCAGAACUAUUACACUCUGCUGGAGAUCAAAGCAGUGGAACCAGGGCACGUAGUGAUCAAAGGAGUGAGGACAGGACGGUACCUGUGCAUGGACACUGAGGGCAGCAUUUUUGGAUCAAUGACCUACCGUGAGGAUGAUUGCAAUUUCAAAGAGGAACAGUUACCAACAUUUUAUAACGUGUACCACUCCCCAAGGCACAAGAAGGUGUUAAGCCUGAGCCUAGAGAAGCGCCCAUUCAUCCCCAACAGAGAACUGCCUCCUCUUUCUAUGUUUUUGCCUCUGGAAGACCAAUUGCCCUCCACCACACACAGCAGAAGGAAUACUGAGAGAGAGGCCAACGACACAGACCCCUUUGGGAUGAGAUCCGGACAACAAGCGAGCCCUAAACUCUCCAGAAUUGGCAGAGGAUAACUGGGCACACCUACCUAUUUCAGACUUUAAAAAAAAAUCAGAUGACUGUAAUCAUCAACAUUGGCCAAAAGUACCAUUACCAGGGUUCAAUUCUAUUUAUUUAUUGUGUUGUAUAACCAUAUAGUCUAGGAAACUGAACUAGAGUAGAUAACACCAGUUGAAGAACCACUGACAAGGAUAGGUCGCAAGAUCACAAAUUAAUUCUGGAGGAGGAAGGUCAUUCUCAGUUCACCCACCCAAAAAAACCCUGGAAGUCUUCCUAAUGCAGCAUUUAUUUGUCUCAUAAAAGGUUCCAGGAUUCUCACUUCCAUCAUUCUUCCUGGAAGUCUAUUCCAUGCAGUGUUCACUCAUGUAAAGAAUAUAACCCUGAUAUCAGAUCUGAAUUUGCCUUUUAUUGGUUUGAACCUGUGUCCCAUAAUCUACUCUGGUCAUUUAAUUUAAAAUAACAUUCCACAUUUAUCUUUUCAAUUCCUUGUCUAUCUUGGCACUGACAUUCAAAUGCCCCUCUCAGCCAUUAAUCUUUCCUCAUAUCUGUGACCUAUGACACCAAGGAUUUCCCUUUUCAUUACACUGCUUCCAGAGGUUAAAUAUAUUCUGUGUUUCUCAACAAACAGAACUGGAUGUAGUACCGAAGAUGCAGUCUAAGCAAAACAUAGUGCAAUCUAAUCACGAUUUUCUCUGACUUGUAUUCUACUGUUCUACUUGCAUUCUACUGCUUGGACAUUCUGAAAACUUUGUUGCUGGUUGCUGUGCAUUGGGUGGACAUGUUUAGUGUUCAGUGCAGUCCAAUCAGACACCUUGCCAUUUUUAGCUGACUUCUUCAUCACUCGUGGAUUAUAUGUGUCAUCCAUUUCUUUCCUUCCCAUGUGCACUACUUUCCACUUGUCUGCAUUGAGUUUUGUCUGGUUUUACAAUGCCAAUUUUUGUACUUAAUCCAAUUCAUUUCAGUGAUUCCACUGAUCCUCCAAUUUUGAUAUUACCCUCAAAUUUGGCCACCAUGCCACUGAAUCCUGGCCAUUGACGUAAAUUAGAAAUAGUAAUAGUUACAAUACUGAACCCUGGGCAGCCAACUUGGUACUCCUCACACCUUGAGAUAACUCCUCUAACCAGUACUGGUUGUUUUAUAUUCUUUAACCAGCUCCUUUUCCAUUUCCAAAACUUACCCUAAAGUUUGAGGUUAAGUAGUCACCUUUUCUGCAGAGUUUUGUCAAAUGCCUUUCUGGAGUCAUUGUAUGCCAUGUCCUUGGCCUACCACGUUCCACUUGAAUUGUCACUUCCGCAAAGAAGUUAAGGAGGCUGACUUUUUUUUAUUCAUUCACAGGAUGUGUGUGUCGCUGACUAGGUCAGCAUUUAUUGUCCAUCCCUAUUUGCCCUUGAGAAGAUGGUGGUGAGCUGCCUUCUUGAACAGCUGCAGUCCAUGUGGUGUAGGUUCACUCACAGUGCUGUUAGGGAAGAGAGUUCCACGAUUUUGACCCAGCGACAGUGAGGAACGGCAAUAUAUUUCCAAGUCAGGAUGGUGAGUGGCUUGGAGGAGAACAAGCAGGAGCUUUCCGUUCUGAACCCAGAUAUGAUGAAUAGCCUCUCUCUGUAUUGUAAAUUCCAUGAUUCCAUGAAUGAUACUUCUCAGAACUAGCUUUACUUGGAAAGAAAGUUACACACACACAUUAUAUAUAUAAAGAGCAAAAAGGGCAGUCUAAAUACUUUUUAUUUCAUUUAAGCAAAAGACUUGAAUCACUCCCUCUCCGUAUAUAGUAGAUUAAUCUUGUCUGUGAAAUUGUACUGCCUACUCUGGACUAUGUAUUUAUUUAAAUUAUUGCUGUCAAUAUUUAUAUUAUAUAUAUACCAAUACUUUUUAUAAAAAUGUUUUCCUAACUUAAAUGGCAAUUUGUACAACUUAAGUAAUAUAACUGAAGUCGAAAAUAAAUGGCACUUUGUUCUAUAAUGAA